AUGCCUAAAUCAAAAGCAAAAGUCAAACGAAGUGCAUCAAAUUCACCACCAUUAGAAUCAUCAUCAUUACCAAAUAUCAUUAAUGGUCUUUUUGAAUGUUAUAAUUUUCUAUUACCAAAUGAAUAUUCAAAUAAAACAUUGGGUUUACUUGCAUUUCUUUUACGAAAAUCAGUUGGAGAAAUAAAUUUUUCUGAUAUUAUGAAUGAAGUUGAAAAACGUUAUCAACAAGGACAAUCAAUCGAUUAUAUCACAUUAUUAGAUGAUAAACGUAAGAAUUUACUUGAAAUUGAAGCAUCAAUUGAAAAAUGUUUAAUGAUUAAUCGAUUAAUUUCAUAUAUACAAGAGAAUGAAUCUCAAUUUAUUUCACUUAUAUCUGAUAUUCGACAAGAUAUGAGAAUGAAAUUAAUUGAUAAUCAAAUAAAUCAAAAUAUUGAAUAUCCAAAAGAUUUUCGUCAACGAGAACAAGAUAUUCUUAAACGAAGACAUACUCAAGAAAUACGACGUCUUUUUUAUUUUCAUCCUGAAGACAAAAAACAAUCUCCAAGUUUAAUUCAUUUAAUCAAUAGGCAUGUAUUAACAACGAAACAUUUAAAUUAUUUAAUUGAUAACAAGAUGAGAUAUGAACCACAGUUUGGAGACACUGGUAUAAAAGAAUUAGAAAGAAUAUUUCAAACUUCAUUUAUGAUUACUGCUCACCCGCAUUCAGGUGUAAAUCCAGUACUAAUCUAUGAACGUAAAGGAUCUGGUCAAUGUACAGCUAAAGUAUCAGUUAUUAUUAUUUCAUUAUUAUAUGAUUUUAUGCAAACACAUCCAAAAUUAAUUGAACUUUAUGAUAUUGAACCAAUUUUAUGUUCAUCAUCAUCUCUUUAUAAACUUGAAUCUUCAACAAUAUCAUGGAAAACUUGUCGAUUACAAAUAAGUCCAAAUGAUAAACCUCAAUUCAUACAAUAUGCUGAAUUAUCUUUACUUAAUAUUCAAUGUUCAACUAAAACAAAUACACGUAUUCAUUUAGGUGAUGAAUUAUAUUCACUUAAAUUUCUUAUUAAAUUUCGUUUAAAUCUAAAUGAAUAUAAAUUUUCAAAAUGUUAUCAAAUUCCAUUAGAAUCAUUAACAUUUGCUAUUAGUUCUCAUAAUAGUCAUAUUCCACAUAUGUUAUCAAGAAUUAUUCUUAAUGAUAUUCGACGAUUUUCACAGCGUUCAUCAGUUGAUGUUCAACAAUUAUCAAAUUUUAUAUUACGUUAUUUUUGUCAUCGAAUAGGUGUUUUACCUGAUCAAAAUCUUAAGAUUUAUCUUCAAAAAGAAUUAAACAGAGCAAAAAAUGAAAGAAAAAAUUUUCAAACAAUGGAAGAUAUUUUUAUGGAAUUUCUUGUACCAUUUGUUAAUCAAGUAGAAUUUAUAGCUAAACAUCCAAUUCUUGCUAUGUUUUAUGCUGAUGGUCUUUGUCUUGGUAUUUGUGAUAGUGAACGAGCAGCUGAAAUUAUGAGAAAAUCAACUGAUAUCAAUUCACCAAUAGUUGGUAUUCGUUUAAAUUCUAUUAAAGUUGAUUAUAAACCUAUGACAUCAACAGCAUCUAUGUCAAAAGCAAUUAAAUUAGCUCCAUGUGCUGUUCGUGUUGAUAUUUAUAAUGAUCGUACAAAAAAUUUACAAUAUCGUACAUUUGAUUCUUUAAUAUUAGCUAUUGAUAUAAGAAAAUUUGUAAGUACUGCUCAUACAGAAAAUGGUCAUCAUAUACGAGUUUUAUCCAAUCUUGAUGAUUCAACAAAUGCUAAAAAUUAUAAAUCUUUUACAGAUUUUGAUAAAUAUUAUAGUGAACGAUUAAGUAAAAUUUAUCAAAUUAAUGAAGAUUAUAAACUUAUUACUGAUAUCCUUAAUAAUAUUGAAGAUGAAAAUAAUGAUGAUGAUAAUCAUCGAUGUUUUAAAAGUCCAAAUCCAGAUUUAUCUGAAAUGUUUUCCGAAAAUUUACAUUCAGUCCCUCCACCAUCUGCAACAAUGUGCAAUAAUGAAUAUUGUUCUAAUGUAACUACUAUUAAUGAUGACAUAUCUAAGGUUAACAUUCAAUCGAAUAUUAAUCAAACAUCAUUACAAAAUAUUCUUUCAACAUCUUCUCAACAAUCAUUUCAACAUAUAAAUAAUCAAGAUAUGAUUGACUAUGUUCUAACUCAACCUGAAAUUAUUCAAGAACUUCUAAAUCGACUUGGUGUUCUUCAACUAUCAUCCUCUAUAAUACAACAGGGACAAGGUUAUCAAAAUCAACAUAUACAACAAAUAUUACCAACACAAUUGCAAAUGCAAUCAUCAUAUCAACAACAAAUACCACAAAUACAAUAUCAACAACAAAUAUAUAAUCAACAAGUUUUUCAACAAUCAAUAUCUAUUCCUACAAUACAUAAUCAAUUGAAUAAUGAUAAUCAAUAUCAAAAUUUUUCAAGAAAUAAUAAUCAAAUAUCAUCUCAAGAAUGUCCAAUAGAAACAAAUUAUGAAAAUCUUUUUACUGAAUCAAUUACAGAUCCUUUACAAUUUUCAACAAUAGAUCAAAAUUCAUCAAUAUCAAUCGAUGAUAAUUUUGAUAUAUUUUUCGAUGAUAUAUGUACUUCGGAUAAUAUUCAAUAA